CCCCUUUUUUUAAUCUUAAUUAAAAUGUACUAGCUGAAAAUUUAUGAGACUCGGUUGAGUUACCGGGUUGACUCGUCCGAGUCAUGACUCAUUGGUCAACUGAACUGAGUCCCGAGUUUCGAGUUUUCAAACAAUGACGUAAAUAGUCACGGACGACCUUCACAUUUUUUGGACUACAUAUAAUGUAAGAUGUUUCAGAGGUCCUCUGUCUUGUACUUGUUUUAGAAGCUUUUAUUUUUUGUUUUCCAAUUUUGCCCCUCUUCAGUCCCUUCUACGGAAACCAUGAAUCCAACCAUUCUACUUGUGGUUGUUGCAGCUUUGUUUGUGAGUACUUUUGCAAAUGAACCAAAGCCAAGGGUCAUUGUAGCAGGCGCUGUCUUCUGUGGCACUUGCUCCACCAACACCUCUUUGCACAGCUACUUCUUGCAAGGGGUGGAAGUGAAUGUAGUAUGCAAUUUCAAAGCAAACACAACAACAACAGAAUCCCUCUCCUUAUCUGCAAACAAAACAACCAACAGAUUCGGAGUCUACGAAUUCGAAUUCCAGCCGCCCGUUGAUCGAUUCAAAUGCAAAGAAGGCCACACAAACGCGCCAUUUUGCAAAGCGAGCUUGCUCCGAAGUCCAUCUCCCUUGUGCAAUGUACCUGGCCUAAAGAUCUCAACAGAACACAUUGCAAUCAAAUCCAAACAGGCCAACCAAUGCAUUUACAGCUUGAAUGCAUUGAUUUACAAUCCACCCAAAAUAGAUUUUUCUCUUUGUGGAUCUUCCAAAGAUACAUUUUCAAGCUCUUUCAAUGACUCAAAGUUCUUUUUUCCGCCUUUCGGAUUUCCAUUUCCUCCGUUUGGUUUCCCUUUUCCCAAUUUGCCACCGCUUCCUCAGUUCUCACCAUUGUCGCCAUUUCCUCAGUUUCCACCGUUGCCAACAUUACCUCCAUUGCCACCAUUUCCUCAGUUUCCACCAUUGCCGCCAUUUCCGCCUCUACCACCAUUGCCGCCAUCUCCUCCAUUGCCACCAUUUCCUCCAUUGCCACCACUUCCGCCUCUACCACCAUUGCCGCCAUCUCCUCCAUUGCCACCAUUUCCGCCUCUACCACCAUUGCCGCCAUUUACUCCAUUGCCGCCAUUUCCGCCUCUACCACAAUUGCCGCCAUCUCCUCCAUUGCCACCAUUUCCGCCUCUGCCACCAUUGCCGCCAUUUCCUCCAUUGCCACCAUUGCCGCCACUUACUCCAUUGCCGCCACUUACUCCAUUGCCGCCAUUUACACCAUUGCCGCCAUUACCUCCCGCCAUUUCCUCCAUUGCCACCAUUUCCGCCUCUACCACCAUUGCCGCCUCUACCACCAUUGCCGCCAUUUCCUCCAUUGCCGCCAUUUCCUCCAUUGCCACCAUUUCCGCCUCUACCACCAUUUCCUCAAUUGCCACCUUGGCCUUCAUUGCCUUUCCCUUUCAAUCUCUCUCCACCACCAUUUCCAAAGCCGCCGGCAUUGCUUUUCUCAUUCCCGCCUUUGCCGCCAUUUCUGUCGGCUCCACCUCUGUUUAGAUCGUCUCCUCCACCCCCUGCCUUUUCUCUGAGAGACCCAAGAUCUUGGUUUCCUUUUCGGCCUCCAUCUCCUCCUGGUGGCAGCCCGCAGACCCAGAACCCAUGAUUACCAUUUGUACAAGUUGGGCCGCGUUUGGAUGCACUAUCGAAUUGAAUUGCAAUUCUACUUCAAAUUCAAUGGGUGGGCAUGACCAAAUUGUAACAUUACCAAUUACGUUGUUUUUCUAUUGUAAAUUGAGGGCUACUUCAAUUACCAUUUGGUCAUUUCCUCUUUAUUGGACUAAUUAUUGCAAUUGGAUUCGGUAGCACAUCCAAACGCGGCCUCAGUUUGAAUUAGAUUGCUGGUAUUGUCUAUGUAAUGUUAUUACAGUAUACAGUGAGUUUCAUGCUUUGGUAAAAUCUUCUUUUACAA